UGGCAAGUAUUCUCAGAAAUUCCCAACGUAAGUCAGAGAGAGAUUCCCAUUUUUGGGAUGCAUCAUCAGCACUAUGAUCACCAUCCAGCGUAUUCCCCUUGCGUAAACCCGUUCCGCUACAGUUACGAACCUGGGUUCUCUCCAUAUAUCCCUGGAGUAUCUUCCGUGGUAAAAACACAACCGCUGGCUAAGAAGGCUAAGGGUGAAAAUACCAAAAGAGAUAAGAGACUAACGUGCCGAGAAUGCCAAAGAAUGUUUCUGCGUCCAUCCGCACUGAAAGUCCACAUGCGUAUUCACAGUGGAGAAAAACCAUACAAGUGUCUCUUCUGCCCGCGAACCUUCAAUCAGUCUGGUAAUCUGACUGUCCAUUUGCGCACGCACACGGGGGAACGACCUUUCAAAUGCACCGUAUGUAAGAAGGGUUUUUCUCAGUCCAAUUCCCUGCAGACCCAUAUGAGGACACACACUGGUGAAAGACCGUUUAAAUGCGAAAGAUGCAGCAAACGCUUUACAGACAGGUAUGUAAUGACUGCUAUUUCUUAG